AUGAAUGAAACAACGACAGCAAUCAUAGAACCAUUCCUUACGGAGGAGCAAACUAGGAUUGCCAGCUUAAUCCAUCUCACGACAGCCCCUCUUUCCGUUUGGGGAUCUGGCUUUAUCAUUUAUUCCAUAUGGAAGGAUCGCAAAGUCAAGAUGCGACGUGCCUAUCAGCGACUCAUGCUGGGUCUGAGUAUGAUGGAUUUGAUAUCUUCCUUGAGUCUAGUAUUGACCAUGCCUUGGUUAGCACCCGCAGAACUUGGAAACGAAUUGGUCUUUCAAGCGUAUGGAAACUUCACGACUUGUGCCAUCUCUAGUUUCUUUUACAAUUUUAUGAUAGGAGCCUCCUGUUAUUCUGUGUGCCUUUCAGUCUUCUUCUUGACGCAAGUUCGAUACGAAAUGCGCGAGGAGAGAUUUACAAAGCGUAUCGAGCCUUUCUUUCAUGCCUUCAGUAUUCUGGCGCCAAUAGCAACAGGCAUUAUUGGGGCCCUUGGUCAGCAUCUGAAUCCAGUUACUGCAAUGCCUGGCCUUUGCUUUACUCAAGAAUUUCCCACGGGUUGUGCGGAAGACGAAGAUAUCCCCUGUAUCCGUGGAGAGGGCGCGCAUAUCAGUAACCGUAUGUUUGGAGUAUUUGCCGGGGUGUCUUUUGUGAUAAUCAUCGUAUCCAUGGUGCUGAUUCUGUGCAAGGUUGGGGCUACGGAAAAAAAGAUUCGACAGUAUGGUCAGGGCACCCAACGAGGUAUGAUUCGGACAAGGCAGACGGGUCGCCAGGCUCUCAUGUAUAUCGGGGCAUUUUUCUUCUGGUUCUUUCCAUUUGUACCUGUCAACCGCUUGCAAGCAGACGCUGAAUACGGUGACACCAAAUACUUCAUUUCUCUUUUGGCGUUACGAACCAUUAGUCCACUGCAAGGCUUUUUCAACGCCCUUAUCUAUCGCCGUCGAAUGGGAGGGGCGGAAACGAGAAGGUCCACCAUCUCAAACAUUCGGCAGUCGUCUUUGGCAUCCACGAGCAGGAUUUCCAAAUUAUUCAGCCGGAAAUCGGAAGCAAGUGCAAGUUUGGAUUCACCUGCGCAUGGACUGAGUGAAGCAUCAUCGAACAUGAUCAGUCAACGAAACGACUCUGCUCAUAGUGUAAACCUUACGGCGGAGAGCAUUGACGAGUUGGAAGAAGACGACGAAGAAAAAGUAGGAAGCAUUGCCUCUGAAAACAACAAGUCAGAAAUUGUUCAAGACCAAGACUAUGGCGAGACAAGUCACGAUCUAGAUGCAAAAGAAGACAACCAACCAAGUAAUCCAGAGACUAUGGAACCGAAUCGUGAAACUAGUGGUCGACACAGUAGAGUGGACAUGACUGGGUCAAUAGAUGAGCGUGUCAACAAUUGA